UAUAAGGAACUCUUUGACUUUUGGGUUAAUUAUGACAACGAUUUCAUAUUUGCGGCCGGAUUUUGUGAACAAACAAAUCGCAAAUUAGAGCCACCGGUCGGUAUCAGUGAUGAAGAGUUCAAUUGGAAUCAAUAUUUACAGCAAACGCGAGCCGUGGCGGCGCCCAAACACCUCUUCUCGUCUUCCAGUUCUCAUCAAUCGCUUCCUCCGAACGGAUUCCAAAUAGGAAUGAAGUUGGAAGCCGUCGAUAGGGCUAACACUGCUCUCGUAUGUGUGGCCACUAUUGCAGAUAUUAUUGACAAUUGGCUUCUCAUUCACUUUGACGGAUGGGAUGACAGUUACGACUAUUGGGCCGAAACUACAUCUCCAUUCAUUCACCCGGUUAACUGGUGUCGCACAAAAGGUCGGUCUCUGACUCCACCGAAAGAUUAUUACCGAUCGAGUGAGAAGUUUUCGUGGGAGGAGUACCUCUCGGAAUCCAAAUCACACGCAGUCUCUCCC